CUGUCGCCUUCAGGAUUCCUCCUGUCCCUCCUGCCCCCCCAGCCCGGCCGCAGAGGGGCUGGAAGAGUGGGUGAAGUUGCUCCAACCCCCCCAUUCCCUUCCUCCUCCUCCUCUCUCCCAGGAAAGCUCCCCACCAUCACCGACAGACCCCCGGGAAGAUGCCAGGGCUGAUUAACUGGGCGACCCUCUCCCCGCUGCCCCUCACCGCGUCAGAGGUGACAUCUUGUGUCAGCGGCUACGCCUUCGGGAUGACAGCCCUGCUCACCUACCACAACCCAGACCCCCAGGCUUUGGAAGGUCUCUUUGUGUUCCCCUUGGAUGAGGGCACGGCCGUCGUGGGCUUCGAGGCGGCCGUGUCCCGGCGCGUGGUGACGGUGCAGAUCAAAGACAAAGCCAAGAUAGAUGACACCUACUUGGACAGCUGCAGCCUCCCCAGUGGAAGAGGAAGGAUCCUGAUGGAUGAGGACCUGGAGAGGAUUGUUUUUGUGGCUAACCUGGGCAUGAUUCCUCCCCUGGAAAGCAUCUCCAUCUUCAUCAGCACCUCCUCUGAGCUGCAGACUACUCCCAGUGGGGCUGUGAGGGUCCUUCUGCCAGCUGUGUGUGUCCCCAGGGUCCCCCAGCCCAGCCUGGAGAAUGCCAGCAGCCCUUCCAGCCACCAGCUCCAAACGGACAAGCAGCACUGUGGAUCAGGGAGCCCGGAUCAAGGGAGCAGGUUCUGCCUGGCUCAGCUGCUGGAGAGUGAGGACACCAACCCCUUCGAGUACGAGUUCAGCUUCCACCUGGAGAUUCGGGGGCCGUGCCUGCUGGCAGGCGUCGAGAGCCCCACCCAUGAGAUCCGAGCAGACGCCGACCCCUCGGCUCGCUCCGCCAGGAGCAUCGUGAUCACCCUGGCCAACAAACACACCUUCGACAGACCCGUGGAGAUCCUCAUCCAUCCCAGCGAGCCCCACAUGCCUCACAUCUUAAUGGAGGAAGGUGACAUGACACCUGCAGAGUACGAACGACACCUGAAGGGGAAGAAUGAUUUCAUUAAAGGCACUAAGAAAGACCCCAGUGCCGAGAAAAAGACAGAAAUCAUCAGGAAGCGGCUGAACAAGGACAUCCUCCACCACCCCAUCAUCAUGCUCAACUUCUGCCCUGACUUGAGGACUGUUCAGCCAGGCCUUCAGAAUGCCCAAGGCGAGUUUAUCUUCCUCAUAGACCGGAGCAGGAGCAUGAGCAGCGGGAACAUCAACCGUGUCAAGGAUGCCCUGUUGGUCAUUCUCAAGAGCCUGAUGCCAACGUGUCUCUUCAACAUCAUCGGGUUUGGAUCCACCUUUAAGACCCUCUUUCCUGCCAGUCAGGCCUAUUGUGAGGAGAGCCUGGCCCUGGCCUGCAAGAGCAUCAGGAGAAUCCGUGCUGAUAUGGGCAGCACCAACAUCUUGUCCCCUCUGAAGUGGGUCAUCCGUCAGCCCAUCCACAGGGGCCACCCCCGACUGCUCUUCCUGCUGACAGACGGGGCCAUCAGCAACACGGGGAAGGUUCUGGAGCUGCUGAGGAACCACUCCUGCUCCACCAGGUGCUACAGCUUCGGCAUCGGGCCAAACGCCUGCAGGAGGCUGGUCCGGGGUCUGGCUGCCGUGUCCAGGGGCACUGCCGAGUUCCUGGCGGAGGGAGAGAGGCUGCAGCCCAAGAUGAUCAGGUGUCUGAAGAAGGCGAUGGCGCCGGUCCUGAGCGACGUGUCCGUGGAGUGGGUCUUCCCCGAGAGCACCAAGGUCUUGGUUUCCCCUGUCAGCACCAGCUGCCUCUUCCCUGGUGACCACUUGGUUGGCUAUGGCGUCAUCUGUGAUACCUCCCUGUACCUCUCCAACCCCAGAUCCGACAAGCGGCGGUGUUACAGCACGAUGCGUUCCCAGGAGUCGGGCAGCUCUGUCUUCUUUCACUCCCAGGAGGAGGGAGCAGACGUGGACAGCUGGAAUCACUCCAGAGACUCGGAGGGCUCCUGCCCUGCCGAGCGCUCCCCCGACCACCGGGGGGUGGGCAGAGAUCCCGGGGGAGAGUCGGACACGGACACGGGAAUGGAUGUGAAGGGUUCCUCCAGGAGACGAGCAUACAGCACCACCCAAAUCGCUGACCACAAGCCUGGCAGGAAGGUGCCCACGGCCAGUGAUCCCAGCACAGCCCUGGUGAAAAACCCCCUUCGGAAAACCCACCUGCAGGACCUGCAGCAGGUCAGCCCCGACCCCUGGCAGGUGGAUUUCCAGCCCUUCCCAGCCAGCCCUCAUGGCUCUGCCACCAGGAUCCGUGGCACAGGUGCCAGGCGCCCAUCCCUGCUCCACCACGGCUGUGUGUCCUUCUGCCACGACGCCAACUCCCCGCCAGUGCUGGACGGGCUGCAGCAGACUCCAGGAAGGGGCUUUGAAGCACUUGAUGCCAGUGUGAGCCUGCGGUCCUCGUCGGACAGCCGGAGCCCUGGGGACCCGGAGUCUGCCCAGCAUCCAUCCCUCACAUUCGAGACGGAGACCUCCUCUGAAUGGGAGCCACAGGACCUGGACAUCAGCGCUGCCUGCGGCUCCCCCAGGACCCUCUGCAAGGCGGUGGUGAAGGGGCUGAGGAACAACGAGCCCGUGCAGUGGGAAGUUCCCUUUGAUAUCCGCCCUCUCCUCCGGGAGCGGGAGAGCCAGGGGAACGGGGACACAGACCUGUGGAGUGAGACCUUCCACCACCUGGCAGCCAAGUCGGUCAUCCGGGACUUUGAGCAGCUCGCCGAGAAGGAGUGUGAAAUCGAGCACGGGUCCGGGCGGCGGUACCAGCUCAACGCUGUCCACACCAGCAAGGCCUGUAAUGUCAUCAGCAAGUACACGGCGUUUGUGCCAGUGGACCUGAGCACGAGCUCCUACCUGCCCACCCUGGUCCAGUACACCCACACAGGGGCAGCAUCCAAGCAAGGCAACCAGAGGAGCCUGAGCUCAGGAAACAGAAAGCACCGUGGCCUUUCCCCUGGACGUCCCCAGUCAGCUUGUGGCCAGAAUGGAGACAAUAGAUUUUACAGCACGAAUGCCGAGGAGAGCAGCCUGUCCCCCUCCAGCACCCCUCCCUCCUCUGCCUGGGAGCGUUGCCGUCUCCCUGAAGGGCCACUCCAGAGCGUGUCUGCUUCCUCUGCACAAGCCCAAAAAUCCAUCGAGAGGCUUUUUGCUGCCAGGCUGACCCUCAAUAAAACCAGGCUGCUGGUUCGAGCUGCCAAAGGGUUCAUGAGUAAAUCUCCAAACAGAGGGAGCAAAGCCAGCUCUGAGGGUGACAAUGAGAGCAUGAACUACCUUCCCCUGGUGUCCCUGCAGCUGGCCUGUGGUGCCUUUCUCCUGAACUCAGCCUUCUGCAGUGCCGUCAACAUCCCCAUGGAGAAGCUGAAGUGGACAUCACCCUUCACCUGCCACCGCCUGUCCCUCAGCCCCUCCAGCUCCUACAACACCAAGAAGACCAGUCCCUCCAUGGAACACAAAAACUUCGGCUCCAGCCAGCAGCUCCUGGUCCCCGAAGGGCACGGGAAGAGUCCCACCAGCAGAGACACCGCUCGGGGGGUGGUGCUGGAAGGCCCCGGCAGCCACACGGAGGACACCGGGCGCCUCCGGCACUCCUCGGGCAGCGCGGUGGAGAGCAUCUCCAGAGCCCUGACAGCCGAGAAGGAACUGCCCCCCCCGGCCAUCACCAUCCGCCGCUUCUCCUCCCCGGAGGGCACGCUGGGCUCGGCCGAGUGGGAAGCCGACAGCGGCUGGGGCUCGGAGGCAGACGGCUCUGAGGUGCAGGCACUGCUCCUCCACGUGGAGCUGCAGCAGCAGACGGAGCCCGAGGGGAUGCUCUGGGCCACGGCGGUGGCCCUGGCCUGGCUGGAGCACAGCUCAGCCUCCUACUUCAUCGAGUGGGAGCUGGUGGCUGCCAAAGCCAGCCUGUGGCUGAGCGGGCAGGACUUCCCGGAGGGAUCCAGCCUGGCCACAGUGAAAGCUGCAGCCCAGCAGCUCUUCGUGCUCCUCCGGCACUGGGAUGAAAACCUGGAGUUCAACCUGCUGUGCUACAACCCAGGCAGUGUGUAGAGAGGGUGAGGAGGGAGGCUUGGGUGGAUUACUGAGGGUGCAGGAGCAGGGAUCAAACCUUAAGGAAACACCUCCAAGCCUUCAAGGAGCUCCUCUGCUGCAGGGCUAUGUGUGCUUAUUAGAGCAAACCCUGUGAAUGGAGCAGUCCAGGCUCCAUCCUGCACUCAGCAGUCGGAGUUUUGCCCUGGGAGGGAACCUUCAGCUGCUCUUGCUAUUUAUUUUCAGCUGGAGCAGCACUUCCAGCUCCAGCAGUUUCCUCUGAUCCUGGUUCCUUCUGGUUCCCAGAGCAGAUCUUGCUGCCUACUCCACUUGCCCUGUCCGUGCUUGGCUGCCUCUUCCCAGUCCCAAAUUGCUGCCAAGCCCCUGCUGCAGCCCCCCAGCCCUGAGUCCCUGCUCUCCUGAGGCUCCUGACUGGCUCCUACCAUCUCAGAUGGCUUCCAGGGAAGAUUAACAUCUGACAACAUGCUCAUCACAUGGAUCAAAGGGAAUCUGGGCUGGGAAUGACCAUCUGAACAGCAGCCCUGCUGUCACAGCCAGGAGGAUCAAGCCCAGCCACGCACCAACAAGCUGAGCCAGAGGGAGAGUGGGACCAAACCCCAUCCCAUCCACACGGUGCUGGGCUCCCUCAGCCCCCCUGCAGCCCCAGAGGGAGCUUGUGAGACCCCUUGCAGCCAAUGUGUGCCUUCAAAGCUUCACAGGCAGAGCAGGGGCACCUGGGGUUGAAGGAUCAAGUGCCUAUGGAGGGAAUCACACGUCUCUGUCUCUGGCAUGGCUGCAAUGCCCGUGGAGCCCAUCCAAAACCUGCUGCCUUUCCCUCCUUUCCUUGGCAUGGAGCAGCCUUGCCAUGUCCCACCAGGCUUCUGUCUUGUGUCUGCAUGUCUGGGGAGCAGAUGGGAGGGACAGUGGGGACCCCGAGUACCCCUCUGGUCUCUGCGCUUGGUGUCACCUCUCUGGGGUCCCCAGGAGCUUCCCUCUGGUCUCUGCUCUCAGUGUCAGCUCUCCAGGGUCUCCAGGCAGAUCCCUCCAGUCUCUGCUCUGGUGUCACCUCUCCUGGGUUCCCAGGACCAUGAACAAACUCUCUGCUGUGGUGUCACCUCUCCGGGGUCCCAAGGAGGAUCCCUCUGGUCUCUGUUCUCAGUGUCAGCUCUUCAGGGUCCUCAGGAGGAUCCCUCCAGUCUCUGCUCUGGUGUCACCUCUCCAGGUCCCCAGCUGGUGAUGCUCAAUGGUGCUGCAGGUUUGCUGGCCAGGUGCCUCAGCACA